AUGCCUGCCCGCAGGUCGGCUCGCGCAACGGGUCCUCGGAUAGUCUACACCGAGGACCCGUUCCAAUCUGCGGGCAUUAGCGAUGGUUCAGAUGGGGAAGCCCGCACCCCAAAAGUGAAAGGAAAACGCGCCAGAAAAGAUGAUUCUGCAUCUGAUGAAGAAUUUGUCGCUGUCUCGAAUGAAGAAGUUGAUGAUGCGAUGGAGGAUGAUGAGCAAGAGGGAGAAACGGCAGGAAAUGAUGAUGAAGUUUCGGGAGAUGGCGACGAUAUGGAGAUUGACGAGAUCGGGGGUAAUGCGAAAAGAGCUGCGACUUCGCAUCCACGAUUUCGAAAGCGGCACCGUGAUGGCACGGUGGCCAUGGCGGCAGACCAAACGCACUCCCGGGGAAUCUUCGACCCCAAAGAGCACGUCUCUAAGUCUAUGCAUUACACCUUGGCAUUUGGACCCGACGAACGGGAUAUGAUUGCUGCUAUUUACGUGCGCGAUCGGUGGACUCGAGGCCUGGACUCGACUUUCCCCUCUCGCUCCUCUCUAGAGCAGGCUUGGGAGGGACCAGACUAUCGUUACGGUCCUAACUUCGGUGUUGAUCCCGACGAUGUCCAGACAGAACGGACGCGUGGAUGGAACUGGUACUACGACCGAGAUCUCGGAGAGAGGUUCCGGAAACGACAGCGCAUCGAAACGAUCAAGGAGACAGAGGCACGCCGUGUUUAUCUACCUCCGAAGAAAGAGAACCAUACCGUUCUUUUGGGUCCGGUUGACAACCAACAGCCUUUCCCCCUGGCCCAUCAUGAGAGUCUUGACUUUGGUGAAGCCUGGGGAGAAAGAAAAACGAGAGACCCAAGAGAUGAAGAGACACAUAAGAUCCGCGAGGGCUGGAUUCUGAAUUUGGGACACCGGGUUCUUUGCAAGGCGUGGGCUCCACAUCAGGACGGCUUAACACAGUACCUAGCCGCAGUGACGCCCAUUACCGAUGAGCAGAAAAAGGAUUACAUUCCUCCUGAAGGGGAGUCUUCGUCAUUUCAACCCUCGCAACCCUAUCCCAGUGCACUUCAGCUUUGGGAAUUCAAAGGUAAAAAGAGUGGGACCUAUACAAAUACUCUCGACAUGAACACCAAACCAAAAUUACGACUUGUUUUAUGCUCCGACUGGGGAGAUAUCAGGCGCAUCGCUUGGUGUCCAGUUGCUCGAGAGAAGCGCGAUGAAGACGAGGAGGAGGCUGAAAAAACCAUAGGGCUGCUGGCGGGAGUCUGGGGAGAUGGCAAGCUCAGAGUGCUGGACAUCAAGGUCCGCCGGGGCUCUGAAGAGACAGAAUUCGUGAAAGUUCACUCGCCCGUCUUCGAGGCGAAACCGCCCUCGACUGUCUGCACAUGUAUAGCAUGGCUCUCCCCCAGUGACAUCGCAGUGGGCUGUGGUAAUGGCUUUGUUGCCAUCUGGAGCAUCGUGCCUUCGUCCGAACCUAACCCUCAUCCUUACUUCUAUUAUCCUGUUCAUGAGUCGUUUGUGCUCAACAUUGCCUCGGCAUACCCGGCGCAUCCUCACCUUAUCACCACCAUUUCCAUGGAUGGCGAAACGCGUCUUUGGUCUAUCAUCGACCCUCGGAGUGAUAGCGUCUCGACCGUCCGCAUGCGGCUUGCCUCUCCCCAUCUCAGCUAUUCGCCCAUGCUUCAAUCUUUCUGUGCCAAUGACGAGAAUGACUUUGCUCGCGUUCUUCCUGUCCGUCGAUUCUUCACCAGCAACACGAUCGGCAAGCUCCCCAGCAGCAUCUCGACUUUGGCGCCAUGUAGCUUUUGGCACCCUUUCAUCAUGUACGGUGGGACUGGCGGUGAAGUCAUGGCCACCAACCCAUUACGGCGAUUGCUCUACCCGAAAGAACAGCUCUGUCAACAAAUGUGGUUCACACACGACUGGUCCCAGGGCCCGGUCGGCAGUUCCGGCGUCAGUCGAUUCCAUGAGGGAUACCAAGCCGAAAAACAGAGCCUGGCCCGCAACCUGGUGGGUGAGAAUCGGCCAGUAAGUGUUACAAUCACAACGAUCUACGAUGAAGGCACCCACGUUACGGCGUUGGCGUGGAACCCCAACCGCCCGUGUGCCGCGUGGGCCAGCGCAGCGUUGGGGUGUGGCCUGGUGCGAGUGGAGGACCUGGCGAUGUAA